CAUCCUUUCCCACCAUCCAUCCCUCCACAACUCGAAAACCACAGCCAUGCUUCGCGCAAUAAGCGAAAUCCUGAAUCGCGCUGCCUUUGCACCCCAAGAACAAAAAGUGGCAGAGUACCUUCGAAAUGCCACACCCGGUCAGUGCAUAUCCUCUCUACAGGCAGACACUAAUCCAGUUAGACCCCGUUCUGCAAGACCUCCAAACAGCCAUCGCAUCAAAUAUAAGACGGAUCAAUGAUUCUAGAUCUACCUUUGAAGCCUCCUCCAUCCAGGAUAAUACCGACCGGCAGCGAUACUGGACAAAAAAUAGUCUCAAGAACCACAUCCAAUCCACACACCCCAACAUAUCCCUCCCCAACGAGACAAUCAAUCUCCUCUGGAGAUCCUUCCACUUCUACGCCCACCACCCAUUCCCCCACUACCUCACCGAGAACAGCAAGAUUGAUGUGAAUGGAUUCCAACGCGCAGUUGCAUUUCUCGUCCACGAUGCAACAGAUCUCCUAGGUACACUGGAAGAUGGUGAUUAUUACUGGCGUUUUGAUGAGGCGUUCUUCCGGAAGGCUAGCUUUUCGCGUAUCCUACGGAGUAUUGGUCAUCUUGAGGAAAAUGGACAGGAUGAUGCUGCGGUGGAUGAUGUGAUGGAUGUUUUGGCUAUGACUCAGCCACAGGCUAUGAAGUUGAUGCCGUCUCCUGAUCAGUUAAGGCCUGUUGCGUGGAGGAUGCUUGAGGAUGGGAGGGUGCCGAUGGGGUGUCGGGUCGGGAGGAGGGAUUUGGUGUGUUUGGUGGGGUUGGUGCUUAAAAUGAGGUUGGGGAGGGAGAAAUGGGGGUAUGGGGAUCAUCUUGGGGUGAUUGGGGAUGGGGGUCUGGGUGAGGAGGGCUUAGCUGAGGUUCUUGUGAAAGGGGUGGUUGGGGAUAAAGAUGGGUUGGAGAUUGAGGAUCUUCAAAGGGUGAAGGAUCUUUUGCCGAAUCUGGGCUUGCGGUUUCAUCAGCUUUGGAAGGUUAUUUUUCAGCCACGGACAGAUAAUCGUGUGCAGGAGAUGGCAGGUGAUACUCUAGCACCACGUAUCCUGUCGGCUAUUUCGCUCUUCAUCCCUCUUUCUUUGCGGCCUGCUCAUUGUCGUUCCGCAUCGCAAGAUACUCGUAUUCCUUUGCAGAAGUCAGAGCAAAUGGUUGAUAUGACAGUUUCCACUCUUGUCCGGGCACUGCAGCAGAACCCUCGCCCUAAGCUUAUUAUAGCUACCGAUGAUGACAACUCAGGCAGCCCAGAUACGGUGGUAGGAGCAUUUAUCCCUGGCCUGCUAUACAGUGAGGGCGAGUAUCCACAGACCGGAACCUCGCAUUUCUUGUUUCAACUCCAGCCGGAGUUCCGCCUUCUUCGAUGGCCUCAUACACCACUUGUGAAUCUUAUAAACGGAGAGGGAGAUGGGGAUAGUUCGUCUAUUGAGGCUAUGGAAGCGGGUGUCUAUGGCAUGAGCCCUUAUCGAAUUGGGAAUCCGUUGGGCAGCGCUGGGAUUCGGGUUGAUCCUGCGACGAAGUCGAUUACUCUCAGCAGGAUUGCAGAUGCUGGCGAUACGAAUAAUGCGGGAUAUAAGGAUGUGUGUCUUGGUGACAAUGCCCAGUGGGAGGUAGUAAUUCAGCCAGGUAAAAUGGAGGUCUAUAAUGGGCUGUUCCAGUGUCCUGAGACCAGGUAAUGAUAUCAUGCAGUCAUCGUUGUUGACAAAUCUCCUGCCAUUAGCCAAAUCCCUGGCCUUCAAGUUCUCAUUUAGAGAAAAGUGCACAGACUGAAAAGUAUCGAUUAUUCUCAACGAGUGGAUAUCCACCCAAAGUCACACCAAGCAUAAAUUGGUAUAUUGCCCCAUGGCCACUACAGCGCUGCAACCCCACCACGCUGGG